UGAGUCAUGUGCAGUUUGCCACUGUAACAAGGGUCGAUCUCGAGUCCCCUUCGGCGAACUGAAACCGUUGCCGAUUCCUCGGGCACCAUGCCUCUCCAUUGCUAUGGACGUGACAGACCCGUUUCCCCGCGAUCGCCAUGGCCAUGACGGUAUUUUCACGGUCGUUGACCGUUUGAGCAAGUAUGCUCGCUUCCUUCCUUGCAAGUAUCAUGCUGCAGCACCUGAGCUCGCACGACUCUUGCACACCGGUUGGAUUACCAACCAGGGUGUUCCGGAAGACAUAGUGAGCGACCGAGAUACUCGUUUCAUGCCAGCCUUUUGGAUUUCCCUCAUGGCUGAGUCCGGUACGACAAUGAAACUGAGCUCGGCUCGGCACCCGCAGACGGAUAGUCAGACGGAACGAGCGCACCAGACCGCUCAGAUGAUGUUGCGUACGCUCAUCCGUCCCGACCAGAAAGAUUGGGUUGACCGGCUUCCCGACAUCGAGUUCGCCUAUAACACGUCGGUGCACCCGACGAUCUGCGUCACACCAUUCGAGCUACAUCACGGUGGAGAGAAAGCACGGAUCUUCGCUGAUCUCCUUUUGCCACAAGCUGCCGACAUAGACGUCCCUUGCUCUCCCGCUUCCAUCCGGAAGUACCGGGACUUGCUGAUCAAAGCCCGCGCAAAUAUGCAAAAGGCUCAGAUCCGCAUGCAGCAGCAGGCUAACCGACGUCGACUUCCAUGUCCUUUCCGCGAGGGAGACCUUGUUUGGGUCCUCUCCGAGGAAUUUGCACUCGAGCAGGAUGUUUCGCGCAAACUCCUUCCGAAAUGGUUCGGACCAUGGGAAGUCACUUCUGUCGUUGGAGACGACCCCGCAGGUCCUUCCUUCGUGAUCAACAUUCCACCGCACCUGAUAGUUUUACGGUUUUUCCACGCAUCGAAGCUGGCCAUCUACACGCCACCUUCAGCUGACGAGUUCCCCGGACGUCGAUCACAGGAUCCGCCUUCUAUGGACGGACAUCAGGAAGUUGACCGAGUCAUCACGCACCGCAAGUAUGGCAACAAGCCAAGGCAGUACAAAGUCACAUUCAAGCAAUGUGCGCCUGAUGACACUCGGUGGAUCUCCAGUACAGAUUUGCAGACUUCUGCACCCCUCAUAUUCGCCGACUACGAGAAGCGACGCCUUGCUAAGGACGCAGCUCGUCCCGCCCGACCCACCCCGGCAGACGACCAUCGUCACUGCGUGGCUCCCAAGGUAUUGCGCAUAGGCGGCGCUGUGAUCUUCCACGUGGCGGUGUUUGUGGAGUCGAGUAGUUUGAUUGACGUCAUGUCAUCGGAAGCGGCGUCUGGGAUGGAUAUUGACGGCGAGCCAGGGCGCGACGGUUUGACGACGGCAGAAAGGACGGUUGUUGCUGCGGCGGUGAAUGCCGUCCUGUUCUGUUGUCAGAUGGCGAGCAGCGAGGCGAACUUCAAAGCGGCUGUUCGUGCACGGCGCAAGCUGUUGGCGCUUCCGACGACUGGCCAGUGCUUGGAUGUGGCUGCCAUUUCCGACGCGGUGCUGGAGGUCUCCUACGCGAUGGGGUGCGGCGGGUUUCCACGGGCGACUCCACGGUGGUGGGUGAAGCGGCGGACGGGCGGCACGUGGGAGGAUCUGCGGCAAUGUGAUGACGCGACGGAUGAUUACUUCAAGGAAAAGCUUCGAAUGUCGCCUCGUGUUUUUCGCGAGAUCGCGGAGACUCUUUCCCCACUCCUUCAACGCCGUGUGACGUUCUACAGGGUGCGGUUGCAGCCAGACCACAUCAUUGCCUACGCACUGUACAGGUGGGCCACGGGGGAGACGUACGACAGCGGGACGUGUAGUUUCGGCAUCGGGAGGGCUUCCGGCAUCACGGCAGUGCGUGACGUCACGGCUGCGUUGCUGGCUGCGUACCCCGACAAGAUAUCAUGGCCCACAGGUUUGCAGAAGGCGGUCGUGUUGCGUGCGUUCACGGACAAAGGGUUUCCAAACUGCCAUGGGUGCAUCGACUGCACACACAUCUACAUCGACAAACCCGCGAAUGCCAACGGUGAGGACUACUGCGACAGGAGACGUCGAUUCUCCGUGCAGGUGCAGGUGGUGGUCGACAUGAACUUGCGUGUGCUGGACAUCUUCAUCGGUUAUCCGGGGAGUGUGCACGACAUGAGGAUGCUGAACCUGUCGAGUUUGUGGGUGCACGCGGAAUCAGGACAACUUUUCACUGGGCCACCUGUGAUGCUGCCUUUCAGUGUGCGGACUAAUGGCUACUUGCUCGGCGACAAUGGUUAUCCCCAGUCGGAAUGGAUAGUCGUCCCUUACGGCGGUCUCGCGCAACACCUGUCGGAGGCAUGCUUCGACAACAAACAGAAGACGGCGAGGGGAGCAGUGGAGAAGGCGUUUGGCAGACUGAAGGGGACGUGGCGAUUGUUCCUCCGCACCCACAAGUGCAACAUGGACAGCUUGCCGCAGCAAUUUGUCGCCGUCUGCAUCCUCCACAACAUACUCAUCGACGCCGGCGUCCCGUUUGAUGACAAUCUGUUGUGGGAGGUGGGUCCUGACGGCGUGCGUCGUAGAGUGGAUCUGGGGAUGCAUCAGCCAUUGCGGCCAGUGUGCAUGGAGUCUUCGACGGGGGAUGCGCUGAUAUUGAGGGACACGUUGGCGGAGCGGAUGAUUGCGCAUCCCCAACAUCGUUCCCAAGGAGGUGUAGGUGCCUUCAACAAGGAAUGCGAGGGCCAAGAGGGGGAGGAUGGUGGUGAGGAGGACAAUGAGGGCAAUGAAGGAGAUGUGGAUGGUGAAGACAAUGACGUGGACAACGACAGAUACGUUGGUGGUGAGGAAGUCGAAGACAAUCACUUCUCCCAAUGCGAGCGUCGGCGCGACGUCAACGAAACACAGGCGCACUUUGGGGAUGACGCCUACGGUGUCGGUGAUGCGGACGACGCUGGUGGCCAGCCUGCAACCGCCCAUGGAAUGUCGCAGUCGCAUAUCCAGGCGAAGGAUGAGAGAGACAAACAUGGCUCACGGGGAAAGAGAAAGAGGGCAGAAGCGUCGAUCUCUCCUGAGAGUCAAAUGAAACAAGCGAGGACUGGCGCCGUCAAUGAGGCUCGCAGAGCGCUGACAACAUCCCAGGAAACGCGGACUCCUCGUAAAACAGGCGGGGGGGGGAGAACUGGCAGUCGUGGCGACGAUCGUGGCGGCCGUAGGAAAGGCUCGCACAAGGUUAGGCCACACGAACUGCGGGACUCGGGAAAUGAGGACGAGGGGGUGGGGCCUCGCAUGCCCGAAGGUGUUGACGACCCGGUUCAGCACGCCACGCCCCUCGACAAGACGCGCUGUUUCUUUCUCGAGUACGACGAACACUGCUUCGCGAGGCAACACGUUUAUGCUUUUACCGUCGACGUAACAAGAAUCAAACGCAUUCCCCGUGGGAAGAUUCUUUAUAACCACCGCUCGUUGUCUGAGAACGUUGUAAGAGGCAUCGAGAAUGCCAUCGAAAGCUCCAUCACUGCCGACCAGGGGCCGUGGGAUAGGUUUGAGCUCAUUCUUGCAUUGGUUGACCCGAACGACAUUGUCGAUGGACAGGGAAGGCGAAUCAUGCCAGACGAGUUUUGCCAAAGGGACUCUGCAAAGUUCAAUUGGUACGCUGUCUGUGGUCAGCAUACCGCCGAGGCCAUGAAACGGUUGGUGGCAAAGGGCUCUGCCGCCGUCAAAGUCAAUGGCCUCCACGAGUACUUCAAAGUUAAGGAUUGGGGUAAUAAACUCCGGGGGUACAUGAACCUCACCACGUCCACCGACGCAGUGUGGACACUGGUGGAGAGGUUCUUCACAAUGUUCGAGGAAGGUAAGCUGCCAAUUGGCGAUGACAAAAUCCCGCUCCAUAUGCCGGGAAGGAUGGAGGGGCGCCUGCCAGACCCGUACACCGACGAAAGCAAGGGACAAAGGACAUUGUACCAUUGCAUAUACGCGAGAGAUGGUCCUAAAGGCUCCACUGUGUCCUGGAAGAAUCUGUGUCCUUUGUACUUCAAGAACUUCGGGGACACGACAUGCCGCGAGAGAGAAGUCGCGCCACUCUUGCUCAUGAAGGGGAAGGUGGUGGCAACGAACGUCAAAGUCACUCCUCCAAGAGUGAACACUGAGUGCCUUCUCGACAUCAUGCGCAAAGAGAGAUACAUGGUUCGCAGGUUCAACUACGUUGUGUUCUGCGCAGAGGGAAGGGUGAAUGAAGAAUGGAACGACGACUUCUUCAUGUCGUACAAGGACCUCGAAGAGAGCCGCCUCCAACAACUGGAGCAACGACCCGUCGCCGCCCCCGAUGCCAGCUCCUCCAACACCUCCGCUCGCCUCGAUACUUUGGAGAUUGACGUCGGAGCCCUCAGGGACGGUGUGCAGUUACAGCAAACCACCACACAACAACUAGAGCAGCGGUUUUGUGCUGUUGCCGCCAACCCGAGUUCGGCACCGCGCGAGACGACUCCAAAGUUCGAUGGUCAGGACAUCUUCUGCGAUUCAACGAAGAUGGACCCGAUUCCGUGGUUCCGCAAGUUUGAGCUCAAGUUGCAUCUACACCACGUCAGAGAGGACAAGCAUCACACGUACUUAUACUCCCGGUCGGGGGGCGCGCGUCAAGCAUGGUUGGACAAUCUCUUGUCCAAGUACGGGGUGGUAAGUGCCAAUUUAUACACCAAGAUCAACUGGGAUGAUCUAAAGGCUGCGUGGCAUAAACGAUUCCAUGUAGAGUCAUCGGAGAUCAAGGCGAUGGACAAAUUGAUGACCUUUGAACAAGGCACGCUGCCGAGUGUUGAGUGGAUUGUCGAGUACCAACGCUUGACAUCCGUCCAAGACAUGCAAAUGGGCUUCAAGGCCGUCAAACACUACUUCAUCUCGAGGUCGUGUCCGGCGUUGCGYAACGCCUUGACUCACGUCGAGGAGACCCUGACGACAACGACGAAGCUCUUCGACAAGGCCGCGCAGAUCAUUGUCACAAACAAGGAGGCUAAGAACCUGAACCGUUCGUCUGCGGCGGGCCCGAGCAGAGAUCAGCAUCGGGCGAAAGUGACCGUGGUUGCGACGACAACGCCAACCGACCAAUCUAGCGAGGCCAGGAGGAGCGGGAGAAGGAGCGGGAGGAGCGGGAGGAGCGAGAGGAGCAGGAGGAAGGAUGGGAAAAGGAGAGGGAAAAGGAAGAGUGGGAGGAGGAGCGGGAGGCGAAAUUCGAAGGGGCGGAGAGCCGGGGGAGGAGGAGCUGGUGAAGGGGGAGCGGCAGGGGAAACUGGAAGGGGGUUAGGAGAAGGAGCACGAGGAGAAACGAGAAGGGGCGGAGGAGGCGUGGGAGGAGGGGCGGUAGAAGGAACGGGAGGGGGAGCGGGAGGGGAAGAGGGGAGGGGGUUAGAAAACGCUCGGGAGGCAGAGGAGGGGGAGGAGAUAUAUGUGGAGGAGAAGAAGCGAAAGGAGCACGAGGACGAGCGGGAGGAGCGGCAGGAGGAACAGGGGAAAGAGCAGGGGAAGCAGCGGGAGAAGGAGAAGCAGCGGGGGCGAGAGCGGGAGGAGGAGGAGGAGGAGGAGGAGGAGGAGGAGGAGAGGGAGGAGCAGCAGGAGAACGAGCGGGAGUGGGGCUAUGGAGGGAUCUUUGUCACGUUGUUUGGCGGAGGAGGAGUGGGAGGGGGAGGAGGCGGAGGAGGAGGAGGAGGAGGAGUGGGAGGAGCAGGAGAAGGAGCGAGAGGAGGCAUGGGAGAAGGAGCAGGGAAGGAGUGGGAGCGAGGCUAUGGUGCGGGAAGAGAAGCGAGAGGAGGGGGAAGAGGGACGGGGGGAAAAGCAGGAGAAGCAGCGGAAGGAGGACGAACAGCAGGAGGAGCGGGAGGAUUCCGUGAUCACAACUCCACAAAAUUGUCGAGGACGGAUGUGAAAACAUUUGUAGAGUUUUAGGAAUUUCCCGGCCAUUUCCUCGAAAUUCUCCAGAAACUCUAGGACUACUCCUUAGAUCAGCGGAAACAC